AUGGGGCUGUCACUGGGAGGAGGAUUGGAGACGGCAAACACCCCUCGCAAGAGGCGGCCGUUUGCGCCGUCGCGGCCACACACGGCAGGGGUUACCGCGAUCUCGCACAGGCCACAGACGGCACCAGCGAGGCCCCAGUCGAGCCCCAGGAAGAGAAUGGAUCGAAACAGCCCCUAUUCUCCGCGGAAUCGCGUCGUCACGCCGAGGUCUGCGAACUUGAGCCGGCCCCAAACCGCUGGCGAGCCCUUUGCGCUCAAUUCCUCGGCUUGGGGGAUGAAGCCGAUGCCUGCCGGGUCUCCAGCUUCCGGCCGGUCGAGAGGGAGCGAUUCUUCCAGGUGUGGCCUCGAUCGAGAGACGCUCGUCAAAGAGCUUGUACCAUUUCCUUUGUCAUUUCAUCACAUCUUGUUUUCUUUCGCUGUGAUUCUUCCAACUUACAGGAAGUUGGAGAGGGACAUAUUGGAUCUUGAGUUGAAAGGAAUUGCCGACGCCCUCAGUGAUUACGACUCACCGUUUCUUCGCGAGAAACUCCAAGAUUUCAAGACAAGGAUCAGCUACUUGCAAAGGGCUUGCCGGCUCCAAAGUGAGGAGCUCUGCCUUUUGCGAAGAGAUGUCCGUGGAACGCACACCAAGGAGCUUGAAAUGGAGCGAGACGUUUUUGCAGAGGAAGCGUUCUUCUUGCAGAGGGUGGCGAGAAAGCUGGCAACGAUUCAGACCCGGAUCAACUCCGAGAACAAGGAGAUUCAGCAAAUGUUAGCGAAGAACGAACAGCUGGAAGCAGCCAACUAUCAAACCCAGUCCAACAUCACGGUAUCUCCAGCGUUGUCCCCGAUCUCUAGCUGAUGGAAACGAGCAAAGUUUUGCAGGAAGUAUCCAAUGUGCUUCAGAAGGUGACGCAUUCUCUGUCCAUCUGCCGGUUCAAGACGAGCGAGGCAUCCAUCGCCAGCAAGAGGUAUUUGAAGCAGGGCAAGGACGUGAGAAGGCGUGGAUUGGCAGCCGAGCAGUCGAUCCAACGCCUCAAGGAUCAAAAGCUCAGGUUCCAGAUCAGGAUGUCCAUUCUAGAGAAGAAGCUCGUCGCGUCCAAGAAGGAGCUGGCCAUUGUGCUUCAAGAGAGAGACAAAGGCAGGGCAGCUAAAAUGAAGAAAUACAUUGAGGAGCAAAGCAAGGCCAUGAGAUCUCCCAGGCACAGGACGCCACCUCGCCGGUCUCCAAAGCCAGUUCCAGCUGAC